AAUCUCCUGCUCUGAGAGCGAGAAGCUGCUAAAACGCGAAGUGAUCACGCAAUCUGAGCGCCAUGGCACUGUUCCCUCUUCUCAGCGGCAACAACCGCAACUACUGGGGCCCUUCGGACCUGGUCAGGCGCAUCUUCGACGAUGAUUUCGGCGGCUCGUUCCUCGAUGGCGAGCUCUUCGACCCGCCGUACUACCACCAGCGUUUCUACAUCCAACCGCGCCACCAGCAGCAGUCCAACAACGCCAGCCUCGCCCAGCAGGGCAAUUCUGUCGCCUGCACUCCGGACAAGUUCGCCAUCCGCGUCGACACCCGGAACUUCACUCCGGAGGAGAUCACCGUCAAGACGCAGGACAACUGCGUCGUCAUUCACGGCAAGCACGAGGAGAAGUCUGACGACCGCGGCUGCUACGUGAAGCGGGAGUUCACCCGCCGCUACGUCCUGCCCGAGGACGUCGAUCCUCAGACCGUCAAGUGUCACCUGCAGCCCAGCGGGCUGUUGGCUCUGGAAGCCCCGCGCAAGAACGCUCCCAAGGAGCAGCCGAAGGCCAUUCCGAUCAAGGUACAGCACGAAAAAGCCAGCGGCGACGCUAAAAAGUGAGCCGCCUUGCCACGUACGCGCUGCUCCUACAUCUUGUGUGGACAUUUGUGGUUUCGUUUUGAGGGCGGCGCCACGCAAGCCGUGUGCGCAGGAGCUACCUCUCCUCCCUAUGAAUGUGUUCAUGAAAAAACUUUUCAUUUGUGAGUCAAGAAGACUAGUGUGUUCAUUCUCUGUACAAAAGUCAUGGUACCUUAAUAAAAACCUGUGUUGCACUUCA